AUGGAUAUGGAAACGAAAAGUCCAGGAAGUCCCGGAUGCUCCGUUACACAAGUUGCGAUACCAUCUGAGCCUGCUCCGCCCUAUAUCAUCGAUCUCACUGGGGAGGAUGAGCCAUCCGAUGGCAUCCCCGCCUCAAAGCCUAAGAAUGACGGCCGAUUGAAACGCAAGUAUGGCCACGAGAACUGGUAUAGCGAACAUCUUUCAUUGUCCCAGGCUCGAAAGAGGUCAAGGGCAGAAAGGAAGCUCGAAGAGGAUGAGCUUCGGUUGAGAGCAAAGGAGAUAGUAUGGGAAAGGGGACAGGAAAGAAGCCAUCAGACGGCUUAUCGAGAUGGCCAUAAGUGGUCAUCUGAGGAGUUCUUGCAGGACCCAGAGUGCAUCAUCGAGAUGGAGGUCAUAGUGAAUAAUGGGAACAACCAAACGCUUUGGCUCUCUAAGACUGGACAAACAGACGGACAGGGUAUGGUGUGGGAAGGUGAUGACGCUCUCGGUAUCUACAAAGUCUCGUUGACAAGUAAGGAUAUUGAGUCUAUGGUAGGCACGGAUUAUGUGACAGUCAUUAAGAAGUACAAGUAUAUAGAGAGAGACAUCUAG